UGCCAGUAAAGUUUUUUUUUUUGACAUUUUUAUUUUGUUAGUAAUAUGGUUUUUGUUUUCGCGUAAUUGGCUUUUAAUUAUCCUACAUAUUUCCCAGCUUACACUGAUACCACAAACUACGAUCCUCCUAACCUCCGUGUAUGCGUACUGUACAUCUCCGAGAAGUUGAAGCGCCUCCUCCAUCUUCAACUCUGCACUGGCAGAAAGAUACUCUCGAUCAGCAUGUUACAUUUUUCAGGAUUUGUGAGUUGAUAUCGCGCUCCUAUCAAGGCUCUAAAUGUUUCAUUUCAUGACUGAGAUGUUCUCCUGAGUUUAAGUUCACAUCUUGACAAAGGCUUAAUCUACUGACAGCAGACAAUGGCUUCCAAUAUAAUUGUGGAACAACAGUUCUCUCACAAAUUCACAGUGACGGUAGUUAAAGCAGAAAACGUCACCAAAGGAGCGCUGGGUGACCUGCUGGACACACCAGAUCCCUAUGUAGAGCUGGUCAUCCCGACGGCUCCGGAGAGCAGAAAGAAAACAGCGCACAUAGACAAUGACAUCAACCCAAAAUGGAACGAGACCUUUCACUUUAUAUUAGACCCCAACCAGCAGAAUGUCCUGGAGAUAACAUUAAUGGAUGCCAAUUAUGUGAUGGAUGAGACACUUGGAACAGCGUCCUUCGACAUCAGCAAGCUCAAAGUAGGCCAGACAAAGAUGGAGACUUUCCUCAUUGGCAAAGCAACCAAAGUGUACUUAGAGAUGCUACUGGAAAUCUGCACAAAACUGGACCUGCGGUUCAGCCUGGCCCUCUGUGAAGAAGAGAAACAGUUCAGACAGACCCGCAGAGAAAGAGUGAUGCUGGGUAUCAAGAAGCUGCUGGACAUGGAGAAGCCUCGUUUCCUCCCCAGCUCUCCAGAAGAGGUGCCAGUCAUAGCCAUAGUGGGUUCAGGAGGUGGUUUCCGUGCCAUGGUUGGCUUCUCAGGUGUGAUGAAGGCGCUGUUUGAGUCUGGUGUCCUGGAUUGCGCCACCUAUGUCGCUGGUCUCUCUGGAUCCACCUGGUACAUGUCCACUCUCUAUUCCCACACUGAGUUUCCAAAUAAGGGCCCAAAGGAGAUCAACAUCGAGCUGAUGAAAAGAGUUAGCAGUAACCCGCUGAGGCUCUUGCUGCCCCAACACAUCACCAACUACAUUCAGGCCCUGUGGAGCAAAAAAGCCUUAGGGCAGCCUGUAACCUUCACCGAUAUCUUCGGUAUGCUCAUAGGAGAGACGCUUAUACCUGCGAGGAUGGACACCAAGCUGAGUGAAUUUCAGGAGAAAGUAAACCAGGGCCAGUGUCCCCUUCCUCUCUUCACAUGUCUGCAUGUCAAGCCAGAUGUUUCUGAGCUCAUGUUUGCAGACUGGGUGGAGUUCAGCCCUUAUGAAAUUGGGAUGGCCAAGUACGGCACCUUCAUGACCCCUGACUUGUUUGGAAGCAAGUUCUUUAUGGGAACUGUUGUCAAGAAAUACGAGGAAAAUCCUCUUCAUUUUCUAAUGGGUGUGUGGGGCAGCGCUUUCUCAAUCCUUUUCAACAGAGUGCUGGGGGUCAAAGACACAGUUGGUGGCAGCACCAUGGAAGAGGAGUUAGAGCAAAUCAAACCACAGCACAUCGUCGGAGAGGACAGUCUAGACAAUGAUGAUGGGCCACGUCAAGGUGGCACAGAGAACCCGGAGGCAGAGGAUGAGUACCAUCGCACCGCUCAGGCCAGCUGGGUUCAACGAAUGGUCACGUCACUUUUCAGUGACUCUUCCUUGUUCAACACAAGAGAGGGCCGGGCCGGGAAGGUGCAUAAUUUCAUGCUGGGCCUGAACCUAAACACCAACAUCCCGUUCUCUCCUGUGAGUGAGGUCACAUUCCAAGCCCCUACACCGGAUGAGGAGGUGGAUGCUGUCACAGAUCCAGAUGAGUUUGAUCGUAUCUAUGAGCCUCUGGAUGUGAAGAGCAAGAAGAUCCAUGUGGUGGACAGCGGCCUAACCUACAACCUUCCCUACCCCCUCAUCCUGCGACCGCAGCGUGGUGUUGAUCUCAUCAUCUCCUUUGACUUUUCUGCACGACCCAGCGACUCCAGCCCCCCGUUUAAGGAGCUCCUGUUGGCAGAAAAGUGGGCUCGAAUGAACAAGCUCCCAUUCCCCAAGAUUGACCCAAAAGUCUUUGAUCGAGAGGGCCUGAAGGAAUGCUACGUCUUCAAACCAAAAAAAGGCGAAAAGAACUGCCCCACUGUCAUCCACUUUGUCCUGGUCAACAUCAACUUCAGGAAAUUCAAAGCGCCUGGUGUUCCCAGAGAGACUGAGAAAGAGAAGGAGGUGGCAGAUUUUGACAUCUUUGACGACCCAGAGUCGCCAUUCUCCACCUUUAAUUUCCAGUACCCCAACGAGGCCUUCACCCGACUCCAUGACCUCAUGGAGUUCAACACUCUCAACAACUUGGAGGUGAUUAAAGAGGCCAUCAAGGAGCGCAUUGUGGCCCGGAAAGAAAAUCCCUCAGGCCUCUCUCUCCCUUUCUCGCUCAGUGAGAUCCCGAAGAAGAGAUUUCUCAAAAGAGAGCCAAAACCCUGGAAUCUCCUUGGAAAUGAUAACGAGUAGCCUGAUUUAAGGUAGAGACUUUGCAUAAGCAGACUUUAGGGAUUUUUUGGGGAAGAAAAUCUGAUCAUGUGUUGAUCUCUUUUCUCUGUUUUUACCCAU